UUUUCCUUUGCAAACCACAACUACAUGAAGCGUCUUUGCAUGUUGCUGCUUAGAGGUUACUUGGCACCUCUAAGGUGAUCAAAAUUCUUCAGCUGUGGAAAGGAGGCCAAUGCAACGGAGAGGAACAAUGCUGCCCGUCUUGAUGCUUUUUUCCUUGGGACAACCAUUCUCCCUUGCUUUGAUGAACCUAAAAUGCUAUACCAUUGAAGGGUCACUGAGGCCUUAUGUGGUGCGUCGCUUUCCCAACUGCUCCCCACCUAAUGGCACCAGGCUGAUAGUGAACUGCCAGAAUGUAUGUUCCUUGCCAGAAGACAUCAUCACCGUCCCCAAGGAGGUUGAAGCACUCUGUCUCUCAGGGGACAUUAAAGUCUUGGAAGCGCAAACCUUCCAAGCUUUUCCAGAACUCCACUAUCUGAGAAUCAUGAUAAAGAAGGAUGUUGUUAUCUCACCCAGGGCUUUCCUAGACCUGGAUAAACUGCAGUACCUUUUCAUCGUAUUCCAAAAUCUUCAGUCUUGUUCCAAACUCAUAGAUAUUUGUGAAACCUUCUUCCCUAUGCCCUCCCUUCAAACUCUGGUCCUAAGUGAUGUCAGUCCCACAGGAGGAAGUAUAACACUGUCUCAUCAACUCCAAGUACUCUCUGUUUCUAGAUGCAGCUUGAAACACAUUUUGGAGCUGCUCCGCUUCUUCUUCUCAUUGAAGUCAUCACCUCAAGGGUCUGUAAAUCAACUCAUGCCAGAUUCUUUUUCUUCCUCUUUGUCUCAAAAGCAGCACCCUAGCAGCUUGGCUCCUGCUGUCCCUACCUCAUGGUCUCAGAAAGAGGGAAAGAGUCCUGAAGGCCAAAACAGACGUUUUCUCCAGACCCUAAGAUGGAGCUUUUCCCCUCUGACUCUGAGUGAGAUCCUAGCAUUAGAAAUAGAAAAACUUGACUCCCUUUCACUGGAAGACACCAACCCAAGGAUCAAGAGCCAGACCUUCCCAGUCUGUCAUUUGGCUUCCCAUUUCUCCCUCUGUUCUCUGUCACUGUCCCAGAUAUUUUUCAAAACCUUUGAUGCUGUAGAGUAUAAUGCCUGUAGCUCUCUGGAGAAAUUGGCGCUUGUGUGGAACCAACUAGAAUAUGUAGAUUCUUUGAUUCUAUACAAAAUGCCCCAGCUCCAGCUUUUAGAUCUUUCUCAAAAUAACCUCCACUGGGGCCUGUGCCCACCAGUAUAUAAGAGGAUGAAUUUCACCUCUAAGCUGCAGAUUAUGAAUUUCUCAGGAAAUAAUAUCAGCAACCUCCAAGCCUACGCCUUCUCCUGCCUACCAUAUUUACAGGAGCUCUUACUCUAUAGGAGCAAUAUUGAAAGGAUUGAUUCACUGGCAUUUUCUGGACUUCAUCAACUUAAAGUACUAAAUCUGGAAAACAACUGCAUUAAUCAUUUGGCAAAUCAUUCCUUUUCCUCCCUCUCCAGGUUGGCCUUCUUGAACCUGAGGCAUAACCCAAUUGAAGUGCUGACAACAUACUCCUCUCGAGGUCUCAAUAUGCUGAGAGAACUACGAUUUGGUUUUAUAAAUUAUGGUGACCUGGAUGUGGGCUUUUCAAUCCCUGGCCUUGAAAAUCUUGAACUUCAAUCCAAAUCCAGAGUUAGGUUUAGAAGACAAAGCAUUGAUAUGUUUUCCACUUUGGAGAAAUUAACACUCACGUGUAGUCAGGUUGAAGUGGACUUGUGCAAAUCACCCUCUUUCCCCAAAGUAAAGGAACUUUAUUUGUCAGGAUUCAUUUUUUCCUGUAACACCUCUAGGUAUUUUUUCCAUGAUUUCCCUCUCCUAGAAAAGCUUCACCAUAGGGUUAACAUACAGGGUUCUUACAGGGGACAUUUCAACUUUUCCCAUUUAUCAAACCUAAGGGUCUUGGUGGUUUCUAACCUUGCAGAUGCAAUUAAAGAUAUUCCUAAAGCUGAUGCUCAGUAUCUCUUCCAGAACCUCACUCACCUGGAGGUAUUGCACUUGAUGGAAUCGGGCCUGGAAUAUGUAUCCCCUGUUUUAUUCCGGGACAUGAAGAGUUUGCAGCUUCUUGUGUUGCAAAGUGAAUUAAUCCUUACCCUAGAUGCUAGCUUUCAGGAUCAAAUGGGGCAACUAAGGUACUUUCACCUGAACACAGGCAACUUUGGGUGCUACUGUUCCAAUGCCUGGUUUGUCAGCUGGGCAUCAGGAAAGAAAGACCUUUUUGUAUCUAUUAUAUACCCAUUUAGGUGUCAGCAACUGACAACGGCAUUGAAAUCUCAGAUGUUCUUACAAUUUGUUGAGCACAAUUGCAUCCUGAAGAUAGACUUCAUUCUCUUUAUGGCCACUUCCUCUCUUAUCCUCUUCCUCAUGUCAUUCCCAUUGAUUCAUGUCACCUGUGGUUCAGAGCUCUUCUUCCUCAUCUACGUACUACGAGGCUGGUGGCAUAGACUGUGUAGUGAAAUAGGGAAAGGCAAGAGGUUUGAGUAUGAUGCCUUUGUGUCUUACUGCAGGCAGGACCAGAAUUGGGUCCUUCAGAACCUGGUACCCAACCUAGAGUGCAAUGGUCCUCCCUUCCUGAAGCUCUGUCUACACAGUAGGGACUUUGUGGUGGGCAAGGCUACUGUGGACAAUAUUAUGGACAACCUCUACAGAAGCCGGAAGGCCAUCUGUGUGAUCAGCCCACACUCCCUGUGCAACCAUUGGUGUUCUCUGGAGUUAAGCCUGGCUACAUACCGACUCUUGGCAGAACCAGAUGACACACUGAUUCUGGUGUUCUUGGAACGUAGGUCCAGGUAUCAGCUUUCAUCUUACCAUCGGUUGGCCAAGCUGGUAAAGAAGAAGACCUACAUAGACUGGCCUAAGAAGCCAACAGCUCAGCUUGCCUUUUGGGAUAGGCUGAGGAAAAGUCUUAAGCAGCCCUGUGGUGAUGAAGAGGUGGCAAUCUGAAGAAAGUGCUACCAUAAAUCUCUGAACUGUAGUUAUAACUGCCAAAUCUGCAAGAUUAGGACACUUAUUCUAUUCAGCACCGUCUGUCAUUUCCCCCAUGCCCC